GUGAUGUACGGAGUAAAAAUCCUGUCUUAAAGAUACUGCUAGCCAUCGGGGGAUGGAAUCAUGGUAGUGACAAUUUUACACUUAUGGUAGCCACUCAAUCAAAUAUAGACGCAUUUGCUUCAAAUUCAAUGACAUUCCUCAGAGCUAAUGGUUUCGAUGGUCUAGAUCUUGACUGGGAAUAUCCUGCCAACGGAGGAAGUCCUCCCGAAGAUAAACAGAGGUUUACUCGGUUUGUGGAGACAUUACGUACAACGUAUGACAAUGAAUUGUUGACCGCCGGUCGAUCACGUCUUCUGUUGACAGCCGCUGUGGCUGCCGGUAAAUCUACUAUUGAAAGUGCUUAUGAAAUCAACAAAAUAGCACAACAUUUAGAUUUCAUCAAUCUCAUGUCAUACGAUUUGUUCAGUGAUUACAACAGUGUAACACAACAUAACAGUCCUUUGUACAAAUCUUUGGUUCCUAAUGAGGCCUUUAAUGUACAUUUUGCUAUAAAUGUAUGGUUGAAUGGAGGGACACCGAAACACAAACUGAUACUAGGGGUUGCAACAUAUGGAAGGUCUUUUAUAUUACGAGACACAACCCAGACAGGAUUUGAUGCUCCUACCAAUGGUGCAGGAACACCGGGAUCAUUUACAAAAGAAAAAGGACUUCUAUCAUAUUAUGAGAUCUGCUCCAAUAUCAACAAUCAGGGAUGGACAGAAGGUUGGCUAGAUGAACAACAAGUACCAUAUGCCUACAAAGGCGAUCAAUGGGUUGGUUACGAUAAUCCAAGAAGCGUUGCAAUAAAGACAAAGUAUAUUAUAGACAACAAUUUAGGUGGAGGUAUGAUAUGGACAAUAGAUGUUGAUGAUUUUAAUGAUAAAUGUGGGCUUGGAAAAUACCCGAUAAUAACAACAAUGAGGAAUGUUUUCAAUGGAAUCUCGGGUCCUCCUGUCUUUCAACCUACGAACUCAACAAUAGCUCCAUCAACUAAAGGAUCAACAACUCACUCUUCUGUAAAGAAAGGUAUCAACGACUAAAUCUUAAACGACUAACACUCCAACUAAGAUGUCGACGUCAUAUAAAUCAGUAAAGGCACCAAUGACUGAUUCACCGACAAAGACAUCGAUAACUGAUUCAACUGAAUCAUUAGUUAGCACAGGUUUUUGUAGGAAAUACUGCUUUUUAACUCUUAUCGAUAUAAAUAGAAGUACCAAGUACAAAGUUAAAGUUACUCGGCCUUUUGUCUGUAGAAACUAUUUCUUUGGAACCGGUUGUCAGCAUAUUUUCAUACUUGUAAUAAAGGAUUUCAUCAUGAA